GUAUCUUUCAUUCACCCAAUCCUUCAACGAUGCCGGCGUCACAGCUCACGCAGCUCAAGUCGGCACUGUCUACAGCUGGUCUGAAUCGUAAAUCAACCUCUAAGAAGGAUAAAAAGGCUUUCAAAAAGGGUGGAUCGCGAGAAACAGACAGAGCAAAGACUUUGGCUAGGCUGGAAAGCAUUCAGAAGAGCUUGAACAAGUUUGAUGAACUGGAGACAAGGUCCAAAUAUGAUGUUGGUGGCAGGAAUAUCAAGGGAGUUACUGGGAGACCCAGCGCCAGCAAGCAAGCGGGACUAGAGCAGCGUCGAAAGACUCUGCUUCCCGAGCAUCAGCAGCGUGGUCAUCGGGGAACUUUUCGGGAUCGUAGAUUCGGAGAAUCGGAUCCGACCAUGUCAGUUGAGGAUCGGAUGCUGGAGAGGUAUACGAGGGAACGGCAACGUGGUCAAGGUAGAAAGGGGAUCUUCAAUUUGGAAGACGAUGAUGCGGACCCCUUUGAUGAUCUUGGUGACGGAAAUGCCCUCGGAGGCCUGACUCACGGUGGAAGAAGCGUUUCAGAUCUGCAGGGCGACGAUUUUGAGAUUCAGGGAUUGGGCAGUGGAGAUGAGAACGAGGAGAUGCAACCUCGAAGGAUAGAUCGUGGACCUCGGAGAGACGAGGAUGCUGAGGAUGAGGAGCCUGAGCGGAAAAGGACAAAGGCCGAGAUCAUGUCUGAGGUCAUUGCCAAGAGCAAGUCCUACAAGCUCGAGAGACAACAGCAAAAGGAACAAGAUACCGAUCUGCGAAAUGAGCUUGACGAGGACAUUGACGAUCUCCGCGAAUUACUACAGCAGGAAGCACCUGAGGCGGGACCUUCGAGACCGCGACCACUUUCAACAUCCCAAGCUGCUCCUGAUACAGAGUACGAUCAGUUCGUGAGGACCUUGGCAUUUGAUGCUCGAUCAAAGCCGAAAAACCGGACGAAGACAGAGGAGGAGACGGCUGCGGAAGAGGCUGAGACUUUGCGAAAGGCAGAAGCCAGGAGGCUCAAACGAAUGCGUGGAGAGGAUGAUGAUGAAGGAGAUGAUAAUGACGCUAAGCAGAAGAGACGAGGAGAAGGUGACGAUCUUGAUGACGAUUUCAUGGACGAUGACGAGCUCCUGGGACCGGGAUUGACACGAGAAGCCAUCGAGGACAUGGAGCUUCAAGGUUCUGGUACCAACGAAGACGAAAGUGACGAAGAGGACGAUUCGGCGGCACAGGAGCUCGGCAACGAAGAGGACGAAGGCGAUUCAGAUGAGGACGACGAUGAUCCUGAGGAUAUUGGAGCCUCGGACAUGAGUGACCUCGACGAAACAGGAGAAAGCGGUGAAGGGCAGCCCAAGAGCCUCGUGGCGACUCGCACCGUCAAGCGAAAGUCUAAAAAGAGGUCAUCAGAGGUCCCAUUCACCUUUCCAUGUCCGGCAACAGUGGAAGAAUUGGAGGACAUUAUGGACGCACUCGAUGAUUCCGCUCUGGCCACUGUCGUCCACCGCAUCCGAGCGUGUCAUCACCCCAGUCUAGGCGAAGGUAACAAGGGCAAAUUGCAAACCUUCUUCGGCGUAAUCAUUGAUUACACUCUACUCCUGGCUGCACAGACACCGCCGGCUUUCAAGUCAAUAGAGUCGCUGAUGCCUCACAUCAUCGGUCUCUUGAAGCUCAACCCCGUUACAGCUGCUCAUCACCUUGUCGCAAAACUUGAUCUCAUGCACAAGAAUCUCGUUCAGGGCCUGGCGAAGGGUGCUGAAUCCUCGGAUGCCAAAACAUGGCCAGGCGUCCCAGAGUUGGUCCUGCUUCGGGUGAUUGGAACGGUCUGGUCGACGAGUGACUUCUCCCACCCUGUUGUAGCACCUGCCAUGCUGCUCAUGGGGCAGUACUUGUCCCAAUCACGAAUACGGCAAAUCAGUGACGUCUCUUCAGGACUGUUCCUCUGCACAAUUAUCGCACAGUACGAGAGCCUAUCGAAGCGACACGUGCCGGAAGUUUGCAAUUUCUUGUCCUCAUCGCUGCAGUCAUUGUUUCCCCGGAAGAAAUCUGCAGCUGUUCCGCUCGCUGUCACCAGACCGAGCUUGCGAAUCUCGGAGCCUUCGGAGAUCGAGGUCGUUCCAGAGACAGAUCUUGCCCGCCUUCUUUGGGACACGGGAGAGGGAGCCAAGGUAGCAGCGGCAGCCUUGACACUGCGGCUGGUCAUUGCUUUUGCCGAGCUCAACGCAGGAUCCUUGGCCUUUAUCGAGGCCUAUGAUCCCAUCAGUCGCCAGCUAGCUUCGUGCAAGGUUUCCAAGCUUUCUGAAAGUCUUCAAAAACUGCAUCGAGACACACUCGCAUCGCUUACUCGCAUGCUCGACUUCGCCCGGUCAAGUCGCCAACCACUCUCGCUUCAAGCUCAUAAGCCCAUCCCGAUCGCUUCGUUUGCUCCCAAAUUCGAAGACGACUUUGCUCCAGGUCGACAUUAUGAUCCUGAUGUGGAGCGCAAUGCCUCGAAAAAGGUCAAGGCGCUGUACAAGAAGGAACGUAGCGGUGCCAUUCGCGAGUUGCGCAAGGACAACCGCUUCUUGGCUGGCGAGAAGGCACGAGAGCAAGCCGAGAAAGACCGCGACUAUAAUGCUAGAAUGCGCAAAGUGGAGGGGUCGAUCACCUUUGAGCGAGCAGAAGAGAAGGAGAUGGAGAGGGAAAAGGCACGAGAGAAGCGCAGAGCCGGAAGAAAGUAAAUGCAAUGGAAU